AUGCCUUCUGGAUCAAACAUGAAUGACCUGCUGAAGGUGCCCCUGGUGCACGUCCUCACCCUGGCAGCCCUCAGCUUGGCCGAGACACUGCUGAAAGCUCCCUUGAUCAGCACUCCUCUGGAAACAGUGGAUGCCCUGGUAGAAGAUGUUGCCAAGUUUGUCUGUGUAGUGGAGUCAUAUCCUGAGCCGGAGAUUACGUGGACACGCAACAGCAUUCCCAUCAGGCUGUUCGACACACGGUACAGCAUCCAGAGGAAUGGGCAGCUCCUGACCAUCCUGAGCGUGGAGGACAGCGAUGAUGGGGUGUACUGCUGCACAGCAGACAACGGGGUUGGGGCGCCUGCGCAGAGCUGCGGGGCUCUCCAGGUGAAAAUGCGACCCAAAAUAACCCGUCCACCUAUAAAUGUAGAAAUAAUAGAAGGGUUAAAGGCUGUUCUUCCAUGCACUACAAUGGGGAAUCCAAAACCCUCUGUUUCAUGGGUCAAAGGAGAAACAGUUGUAAAGGAGACUGCUCGUAUUGCUGUCCUUGAUUCUGGGAAUUUAAGGAUACACAAUGUUCAGAGAGAAGAUGCAGGACAGUAUCGUUGUGUAGCCAAGAACAGUUUGGGCACAGCCUAUUCAAAACCUGCAACUGUGGUAGUGGAAGUGUUUGCCAGAAUCCUGAAGGCUCCUGAAUCCCAAAACAUCACUUUUGGGUCCAUGGUGACAUUGCGGUGCACUGCGACCGGCCUUCCAGUCCCUACUGUCACGUGGCUGGAAAAUGGGAAAGCUGUGUCUGUGGGGUCUACAGCAGAAAGUGUCAAGGACAGAGUGGUUGAUUCCAGACUGCAAGUAUAUGUCACCAGACCUGGCCUGUUCACUUGUCUUGCCACAAACAAGCACAGCAAAACUUUUGGAGCAGCAAAAGCAGCAGCAACCAUCAGCAUUUCAGAAUGGAGCAAGCUGUACAAGGGUGAUGCAGGCUACUGCAGCACAUACAGAGGUGAGGUGUGUAGUGCUAUCUUGGCGAAGAAUGCUCUUGUUUUCUUCAACUCCUCGUAUGCUGACCCAGAGGAGACCCAAGAGCUGCUUGUGCACACUGCCUGGACUGAACUGAAAAUGGUGAGUUCAUUCUGCCAACCGGCUGCUGAGUCUCUGCUGUGUAACUACAUCUUCCAAGAGUGCAAUCCCUCGGGAGCUGGGCCAGCUCCAAAACCAUUGUGCAGAGAGAAUUGCCUUGCUGUAAAGGAUCUCUACUGCUUUAAGGAAUGGCUCUCAAUGGAGGAGAACUCUCAGAAGGGGAUUUACAAGCCGGGGCUGAUGCUGCUCACUCUUCCUGAAUGCAACAAGUUGCCCAGCCUGCACCAGAAUCCCAGCUCCUGCACUCGCAUCCCCUUCUUUGAUUUUAAGAAGGAGAACAUAACCAGGACUUGCUACAGUGGCAAUGGCCAGUUUUACCAGGGCACAGCCAAUGUCACAGCAUCUGGCCUUCCCUGCCAGAAGUGGAGUGAUCAGGCUCCCCAUUUGCACAGGAGGACUCCUCAGGUUUUCCCUGAGCUGUUUGAUGCUGAGAAUUACUGCCGCAAUCCUGGAGGUGAGAACGAGCGUCCCUGGUGCUACACAAAGGAUCCAGCUGUGACCUGGGAAUACUGCACUGUGUCUCCCUGUGGCGAUGCAUUGUUAUCACUGGGAACAAGAAAACCAAAUGGAGAGACUCUAAAUCUGCCCCCUUCUCCUCCAUUUUCCCCUACGUACUCCAUGACUGUUAUCAUCUCAAUCAUCUCCAGCUUUGCUCUGGUCGUGAUCUUUGGCAUUAUCACCCUGGUUUGCUGCCGUCGUCGAAAACAGUGGAAAAACAAAAAAAGAGAGUCAGAGACACCAACUCUCACCACUCUGCCCUCCGAACUGCUCCUGGACCGGCUGCACCCCAACCCAAUGUACCAGCGCAUGCCUCUUCUCCUCAAUCCAAAAUUGCUUAGCCUGGAGUAUCCCAGGAACAAUAUUGAAUAUGUGAGAGAUAUUGGGGAGGGAGCAUUUGGGAGAGUCUUCCAAGCCAGGGCCCCAGGGCUGCUGCCAUAUGAACCUUUCACCAUGGUAGCAGUGAAAAUGCUGAAGGAGGAAGCAUCUGCAGACAUGCAGGCUGACUUUCAGAGGGAAGCAGCUCUCAUGGCAGAAUUUGACAAUCCAAACAUCGUCAAGCUUUUAGGCGUGUGCGCGGUGGGGAAGCCGAUGUGCCUGCUCUUCGAGUACAUGGCCUACGGGGAUCUGAACGAGUACCUGCGCGACCGCUCGCCCCGCAACCUCUGCAGCCUGGCGCAGGACGGUCUGGACACCAGGCUUGGCCUGCCGAACCCCCUGGCACUGGGCUGCACCAGCCAGCUCUGCAUUGCCAAGCAAGUUGCUGCCGGCAUGGCCUACCUCUCUGAGCGCAAGUUUGUCCACCGGGAUUUGGCCACCAGGAACUGCCUGGUGGGGGAGAACAUGGUGGUCAAAAUUGCCGAUUUUGGUCUCUCUCGGAACAUGUACUCGGCUGACUAUUACAAAGCAAAUGAGAACGAUGCCAUCCCCAUCCGCUGGAUGCCCCCCGAGUCCAUUUUCUACAACCGCUACACCACGGAGUCUGAUGUGUGGGCCUAUGGAGUGGUGCUGUGGGAGAUCUUCUCCUAUGGCAUGCAGCCUUACUAUGGGAUGGCUCAUGAGGAGGUCAUCUACUACGUGAGGGAUGGGAAUGUCCUCUCCUGCCCAGACAAUUGUCCCCUGGAGCUCUACAACCUGAUGCGCCUCUGCUGGAGCAAGUUGCCUGCGGACCGGCCAGGCUUUGCCAGCAUCCACCGCAUCCUGGAGCGCAUGUACGAGAGGGCCGUGGCCAACAUGUCUGUCUGAGGGAUGCACUUCCUUACUUGUCUCCUGUGUCCACCUAUCCAGACUGACUUGGACCAGCCCAUGAGCUCCUGAGCAAUGGUGGCUUCAUACCCUGUCCAGCUCAGGGAGGAGAAACAGCUUGUUCCACUACUAAGCAAG